UUUUUUUUUUUUUUUUGUGAAGUUUUCAAGAGUUACUUGGUUACCCUUUGUUACAAUGAGAAAAGAUUGACGACAUUGAUUUGGGUCUAGAAGGCUACCUUAUCGUGUCAAUGUUGAAGGGUAUUUUGGUCAUUUCAUGUAAAUUUUCGAUGUGAUCUGUCAAGCAUUCCAAUUUUCUUUCGACAAAACGAGUAUCAAUUUUGAUAAAAUGAAAACCUCAAGAGGGUGUUCAGUGUUGUGAAUUGUAUCAAGAAUAAGCUGCAAAUCCAAGAGACCUUAGUCAAAAUUACCUUAUUGCCCCUGUUCGUGGUAUGCAUGCUCAAUGGAAAAACUGUAAAUUAGGUUUGAUUUUAGCGAAAGAAACAUUGAAUGAAGAAAAAUGUUGGUGAUUCUCCCAGCUACUAUAUCUUUUUAGUCAAACCCUAACCCACCAAUUUUGCUUGAAUUUUUUCUCAUUUACCAAUCAAAUUCCCCCAAAAAAUAAUUUUUCUACAUACUUUUUACCCACAAAGAUGAAUUUCGAUUCAUCAAGAAUGUAAUAAAUGGCAGAUAUAAUCAUAUAAUUCUUCAUUACAUACACAACACGAUAACACAUCCUUCACCAACAUGAAUCAAUCUCUUUUACCUCUGAUGCUCUUGUUCUUAAUUCUCGUCAAAACAGGGGAAUCUGAAACGGGAAUUGCUGGAACUGGACUGGGGUAUCUACCUGAACCAGGCGGUGGUAAUGGUGGUCAUGGGGUGGUGAGUGGUGGUGGUGGGGAUGAACCUGAGGUGGUUAUUGUGAAGGCUCUUCAAUGUUUUAGUGAUAAACAUAUUUAUAGGAGUUGUGAAGAGUCUUGUAGGUUGACUGAGAGCGGUCAACUCAAUGUGCCACGUGGAUACACCGAUGAAUACUGCAACGGGCCUUGUUUAAAGGAGACGCAUCUUGUGCUUAAUUGCAUUGAUGAUGUGUUAUCACAUUUUGUUUUUUAUAAUCGUGCUACCGUAAAAGAUGUGAAGGAAACGAUAAAAGCGGGUUGUAGCUAUGGCCCACAUAGAGGUGAUUUUAAUGUGGCUGAGCACAUUGAAGAUGAUGAAAGCAAUGCAUACAGAAUUUCCUACACCAACUAUAUACUGUUUGGGUUUCAAUCUUUGUUUGUUGUUUUUACUCUAUUAUUCUGAUUUCCUUUUGUUAUUGCUUUUUUUCUUUUAUAUGUAAGUGAGAUUUGUUUAUGUUAAAAUCAUGUCCGAUCAUAUGAUAUUUUGAAGUCACUUUAUGAAAAUCAAAUUGAG